CAACGCCCUACUCAUCGCCGGACAAGGUGAUAAGCUGACGCCUGACGGCACAGGGCGCUCUCCACCGGCUCCAUACCCUCCUCCCCCAGCCCUCCGCCGAGUCGCGCCUCAUCUCCCACCGGCGCGGCGGCGCUUGCGCCGAAGUCUCCCGCCAGUCAACCGCUGUGCGCCGUGCUGCAGGUUUCUUUGGAAGAGAAUGGCGGGAGGCAGCGAGGCCAGGGGCGGUGAGUGCUGCUACUACACGACGGACGACGCGCUGUCCCAGGUGGGCUUCGGGAGGUUCCAGGCGCUGGUGCUGGCCUACGCCGGCGUGGGCUGGACCGCGGAGGCCAUGGAGAUCAUGAUGCUGUCCUUCGUCGGCCCGUCCGUGAAGGACGAGUGGGGAAUCUCGGGCCAGCAGGAAGGGCUCAUCACCAGCGUCGUCUUCGCCGGGAUGAUCAUCGGGGGCUGCCUCGGGGGCGUCAUCUCGGACUCAUAUGGCAGAAGGGCUGGUUUUCUAUUCACUGCUGUUGUCACUGGCAUAUUUGGUUUUCUUAGUGCUUUAUCACCUAACUACAUAUGCCUAUUAUCCCUCCGCUUUAUUGUCGGUAUGGGAUUGGGUUCUGGUCAUGUUCUUGGUACUUGGUUCCUAGAGUUUGUUCCUGCUGCAAAUAGGGGUACUUGGGUGGUUGUCUUCCAUUGUACUUGGACUUUCGGAACAAUCCUUCAGGCUCUUAUUGCAUGGGCUAUCAUGCCAGUACUUGGAUGGAGGUGGUUGAUAGCGAUGUCUUCAACACCGUGUUUCAUUCUGCUUAUUUUCUACUGUAUAACACCUGAAUCACCACGGUACCUCUGCUCAAGAGGUAGAACAGCUGAUGCUCAAUUUAUUUUGGAGAGAAUAGCAAUAAUGAACAACAUGGCUCUGCCCUCUGGCAUCUUAAUAGUUGUCCCACAAAGAAGGUCUGAUGAUGUUGUUGAUCUGGAGACAAUAGUACCGCUAAUUCUUUCACAAGAUAGUGCUGCAACUAACGUGUGCAUGAGCUCCUCUAUAUCCAGAUCUAUUAAUGCAUUGUGCACACUUGUGUCGCGAAGCCUGAUUAGAUCUACACUUCUUCUUUGGUUUGUCUACUUUGCAUUUUGUUUUGCUUACUAUGGCAUAGUAUUGCUAACAUCGGAACUAAGCAAUGGUGCAAGGAGAUGUGGACCUGUUGGUAUGCAUUUCUGGCAGCAAAAUGAUGCCAGACUCUACAGAGAUGUCCUGGUGACAAGUAUUGCGGAAUUUCCUGGUCUGAUUUUGGCGGCUCUAUUGGUUGACAAGGUUGGUCGCAAACUGUCAAUGGGAGCGUUUGCUUUUCUGUGCCUUGUUUCCAUCGCUCCACUUGCUGCACCUCUAGAAGAAGGUUUAGCAACCGUCCUUCUAUUCAGUGCCCGGACUAGUAUCACUGGAAGUUAUGCUGUUCUCUAUAUUUACGGCCCUGAGAUCUACCCUUCAUCAUGUCGAAACACCGGAGUGGGAGUCGCGACUUCUCUCGGCCGGAUAGGUGGCAUGAUUGCCCCACUCAUAGCUGUAGGAUUGUUAGAGAGCUGUCAUCAGAAAGAAGCUGUGUUUGUCUUCGAUCUUGUACUCUUUCUUGCAGCAAUUGCCUGUGCCCUCUUCCCUCUAGAGACCAAGGGCUGCCAGAUUCAGUAAGAUCUCAUGCUCCACAAUUCCCAUGGACGGACAGUUGCAUACCCAUCAGAUUAAAUUAUAGCUAGUUAGCUACCAUA